AUGAGCUUUGUGUUGCAGCCCUUAAAUCCGCGGCUCCAUGGAAGUCAUCAUGCUUUUACAGUAAAAAAUCAAAGAUCACUUAAGCUGCUUUUAGUUCAGUUGCAGACUUCCAAAUGUCUUGGACGGGAUGAAAUUCCCAGUGUGAAAUCCACAGAGCUGUUUGUCUCAUUUUCAUGUGUUGUGAGUGCUUCGUGUCAUUACAUCUUGUUGUUACAGGUGAUAAAAAAUGAGCGCCCGGACGGCGUCCUGCUGACUUUUGGAGGUCAGACUGCUCUGAACUGCGGUGUAGAGCUGACCAAGCUGGGCGUUCUGGAGAAAUAUAAAGUGCAGGUUCUGGGAACUCCUGUUUCCUCCAUUGAGAUGACCGAAGACAGGAAAAUCUUUGUGGAGAAAAUGGAAGAGAUCAAUGAGCAUGUAGCUCCCAGUGAAGCAGCUCUGUCGGUGGAACAGGCGGUGGCAGCUGCUGAGCGUCUUGGCUACCCCGUCUUGGUUCGUUCAGCGUUCGCUCUCGGAGGCCUCGGCUCCGGUUUUGCCAACAACAGAGAGGAGCUGACCUCUCUGGUAACGGCAGCAUUCGCUCACACCUCUCAGGUGCUGGUGGAUAAAUCCCUGAAAGGCUGGAAGGAGAUCGAGUACGAGGUGGUCCGGGACGCCUAUGACAACUGUGUGACUGUGUGUAAUAUGGAGAACAUCGACCCACUGGGUAUCCACACUGGGGAAUCCAUUGUAGUGGCUCCCAGUCAGACGCUUAAUGACCGCGAGUACAACAUGCUGAGAAACACGGCCAUUAAAGUCAUCAGACAUCUCGGCAUCGUGGGAGAGUGUAACAUCCUGUACGCUCUUAACCCCGAAUCUGAACAGUACUACAUCAUUGAGGUGAAUGCCCGCCUGUCACGGAGCUCUGCUCUGGCCAGUAAAGCGACUGGUUAUCCUUUGGCCUACGUAGCAGCUAAACUUGGUCUGGGGAUCCCGCUGCCACAGCUCAAGUACGUCUCUCAGCUUAAGAACGGCGGAUAAUGAUCUAGCUAGCCGGCUAGCGCCGCUUCACUCAAAAGCACCCAGGCUUGGCUUUCAGUGAGGCGUCUCUAACUCCUUUCACCCCCGAUCGCUCCGCAAACAGUCUUUGUAUUAGCUGGACUUAUUUUUCGUUUAUAUGGGCCGAUGAUGCUGGUCGAUGUGGAAAAAAUAACUGAGUUGUUCAUAUAC